GCAUAAUUGGCAAAGAUCUAAAUCCCGACUUGGAACAAAUCUUAGUCACACGACGAGGAUGUAAGCUACAUAUAUUCAAUAGAACAAUACGGGUAGAUGAGUACCUAUGACGAGCACAUAGAUCGAUACAUAAUGAGAACAAUAAAGACUAUAACACCUUCAUGCUCGCCUGAGGAAUCUGAUGAUGAUAUUAUCGUAAUACACCCACCAGUUUUAAAGAACAAACUAGCAAAGAAGAGUAAAUUAGCAAAGAAAGCUGAUAGUGAGAAACUACCAAACAGUAUUAAAACAGAUGAGGAUAUCGUCAAAGAGUUAAAAACUGAAUGGGCAUGCGACUUGUGUACUUUAUCUAACUCAAAAGAAUCGAGUAAAUGCACGAGUUGUGGCGAACCAAAAUCUAAAGAUUCAAAUGAUUCUCGAUUCAUUCACCCAGGUGCCAUUACAAUAGACUCGUCAGCUCACGAUAACAAUGUUGAUAGGCUUUAUAAGCAAAGUGAAGGCAAAUACAAUGGAAAACUUAAAAGUGACCCUAAAAAGAAUAAGUCUUCUAUCGUGAGACAUAGCAGCGAUCCUGGAAUGGGAAAAUUGAAAAAACAAGACAAAUGGAAAUGUCAAAAAUGCACGCUCGACAACCCAAUAACUAUGGACAAAUGCCAAGUUUGUAUGGCUCAAAGACUUCUAAAUCUAUCAUUCCAAAAACAAUCUGAUCUAAAGAAAUCUAAAACUUCAAGCAAUGUUCCAAAAACAUUAGACAUUCCAGAACUCUCCGAUUCAUGGACGUGUAGGAACUGUACAUUUAGUUGCAAUCCUACAUGGACCGCCACAUGUGAUCUUUGUGAUGCGCCACAUACAAAAGAUGGACCGUUACUCAGCCCAAUUGAUUUAACUAAAGAUUCUGUGAGAUACACAAGUCCUACAAAACCAAAGAAACUUACUAUCAGUGCUUCUGCUUCUAACUCAAAUCCUCAAAGUCCGGAGCCAUCAACUUCAAAAUCAACGAUAAAUGACGCUAAAACUAAUGAUCAAGUCAACGCAAAAACUUGGAAGUGCUUGAAAUGUACUCUCUUAAACCCAGACUCUGUUUUGGCAUGUAACCUAUGUGGUUCACUGCUUCCUGUUAUGAAAAACACAGAAAAGUCCAAAUUUUGGAUUUGUAAAAAAUGUACGCUGAAAAAUUCAUUGACUGCUCAUGUAUGUGGUGCCUGUGAGGCAAAACGUGAUAUUAGACUCCCUAGCGAAGAAGACAUGGAUACAGACAUUGUCCCCGUACUAACAUCCCCCACACGUCCUGUCGCAAAUAACACAGUGUUCAUUGACGAAUCUCCGCCGGAUUCAUGGGUGUGUAAAUGCUGUACUUUCCGAAACAAAUCUGAAUCUAAAGAAUGUCUAGUAUGCUAUGCAGAUAGAACAGGCUCUAGAAAGCGGUUGUUUGAUAAAAAACCAAAGACACCAUCUAUGAUUCAGAGGGAGGAAACUCAAUUCAUGGAAGAUCGUCGCAAGAUUGAGGAAUCAGAGGCUCGUGAUAAGUGGGAAGAAAUCAUCAAUUUCUGCAAAGUGAAUGAAAGUCCAUUCGUCGAUGAUUCAUUUCCUCCAGUUCCGAAAUCAUUAUACUACAGUGAUCCUAAAUCCACCAAUGUUCCGAAAGAUGUAGUCGUUUGUAAAUGGCUUCGCCCAAAUGAAAUUACCCAUAGUUCACCUGGUGAAGCUAGAACCAAAUGGGAGGUGUUCCGCACUCCGUUACCAUCUGAUAUAUCCCAAGGAAUACUCGGAAAUUGUUGGUUUUUAAGCGCCCUUGCAGUAUUAGCUGAGAAACCAGAACUAGUCCAGAAAGUAAUGAUUACGCGACAGUAUUGUCCUGAGGGUGUUUACCAGGUGCGGCUGUGUCGUGAUGGUAUGUGGACGACAGUGAUCGUUGAUGACUUGUUCCCAUGUAGCAAACACGGCACUUUGCUUUACUCCCAGGCAAAGAGGAAGCAGUUAUGGGUUCCCCUGAUAGAAAAGGCCCUGGCGAAGGUGCAUGGUUGUUAUGAGGCCUUGAUAGCAGGGAGAUGUAUAGAGGGCCUAGCUACAUUAACAGGGGCUCCUUGUGAGAGCAUUAUGCUCCAUGCAUCCAGAACGAAUAAAAAUGACGGCCCGGUGGAUCCCGACCUUAUAUGGGUGCAGCUUUUAAGUUCUCGGGAAUCCGGGUUCCUGAUGGGUGCAUCCUGUGGGGGCGGGAACAUGAAGGUGGAUGAUGGGAAAUAUCAGCAAGUUGGUCUUCGUCCUCGUCACGCAUAUUCCAUCCUGGAUGUCCAAGAUGUUUCCGGACACAGGCUAGUCAGAAUGAGGAAUCCAUGGGGAAGAUUUUCCUGGAAAGGUGAUUGGUCAGAUAACUCAGACAUGUGGAAAGAUGUCGCCACUGCUGGAUUGAAAGAGAGGCUAAUGGCCCAUGGUGCAACUGAAGGCGUGUUCUGGAUAUCACUCCCCGAUAUGAUGGAAUACUUUGACUGUGUAGACAUCUGUAAAGUACAGACAGACUGGAGAGAGUCUAGAGUAGAGGGAAGGUUUCCCGGUCACUGUUUAGAUGACAUCAGAGCGUAUCAGAUCUCCGUUUUCCAACCCACCAUGAUGGAGUUUACACUAUUCCAGGAAGGACUGAGGAAUAGUGAAAAGAACAAUCGCAGUCAGGUGGAUUUAUGUAUUAUCGUGCUUCGAGCCGUCAAAAUGCAGCAUCGUAGUGUCGGGAAAGUGAUGUCACACAGCAAACGUCAAGUGAAGAAUUUUGUAGAAUGCAAUACAAUACUAGAAGAAGGGCAGUAUUUGGUGUUCUGUACAGCCUUUAAUCAUUGGAAUAUUGCCAACAAGGAAUCUUUGAAGUAUGUGCUGGCAAUACAUAGUGCAAAUCCAGUCAUGGUUGAACCUGUCUCCCUCCCCACGUACGGUCUAGCAGAUGUCAUAAUACAACUCACCAUGGAGAAAGGAGAAAGACAUGAGGGAAGAGAAGGGAUGACAGCCUACUACUUGACCCAUGGCUGGGCCGGGAUUGUAGUUACAGUAGAGAACCGGCAUCCUGAUGUCUGCCUUCAUGUACAGUGUGACUGCACUCGAAGCUUUAACGUGGUUUCCACCCGAGGAGACUGCAAGGUCUUGGAUUCUAUACCCCCACUACACCGCCAGGUUGUUAUCGUGCUCUCGCAGCUAGAGGGCACUGAAGGUUAUUCUAUUGCUCAUAAACUUGCCCAUAGGACCUCACCUAAUCAGGGACUGGGGGACUGGGCACCCCAAGGGACAAGUCAUGUUCCUAGGAUAACUCAGGAAAUUCAUGGACUACAUUCGCCUAGACCUAUAUGAUUAUCUACAGGGUGGGCCUAGUAGUAGUUUCCGACCCAAGUGCCUGUUUCCAUCCUUCCAUUCAAAAUUAAAUAUAUUCAUAUUCAACAACAACAAUUAUAUAACUGCU